AUGUCUUUCCAAAAGCUGAAAAUUGAAACACCAAGUUCAAUUUUUGAGGAUAACCCGUCAAUCAAAACAAAGAGAAAGCCCAAAAGAAAGCUUCUUCGAAUCAUAAUUACCGACCACGACGCCACUGAUUCUGAUUCCUCCGGCGAUGAAGGUAGAGAGAGAAACAGCAACCAAAGAACAACACAAAGAAAACCAAAAAGAGAAGUCCUUGAAAUUAACAUGUACCAUCCCGUAUUCGAUUCUUCUUUCUCAUUUUCUUCUCCUUCGUCAUCUUCUUCAUCUCUUGCAUGCUCGGAGAAAAACAACAAAAGGUACAAUAGAACUAAGAAAACACCAACUUCCUCCGCCACGCGCCACCGCAACAAGUUCCGUGGAGUAAGACAACGGCCGUGGGGGAAGUGGGCCGCUGAGAUCCGAGACCCUUCCCAACGGAAACGUCUCUGGCUCGGAACAUUUAACUCUGCCGAAGAAGCCGCCGCCGAAUACGACAGAGUUGCUGUGAUGCUGAGAGGCCCUGACGCCGUUACCAACUUUCCUAUUUCACCGAAGAAGGUGGAACUGGAAAAUGAAGCACCACCGCCGCCGAAUGGCGGAAUUGACGGCGGAGCUGGUUACUCCGACGCUCUGGCUUCGCCGACGUCUGUUUUAACUUACGACUGUGACUCAACGCCGUUCGACAGUCUCCGUUACGGAGACGUGGACGCUUUUGGGUUCCACAUUGACGCGCCGUUAAGUUUGCCGGAAGUUAACGGUACGCUGACGUGUCAUCAAAAGUUAGAAAAAGAAGAGGCGUUUGAAGAGUUUGAUCUUGACGAGUUUAUGACGUGGCCGUACUAA